AUGAACAGUGUGAGAGGACUCUUGGCCGCCUCUGUAAUUUCUGUCCAGAACUCCUGCUUCAUCUAUCCUGCCUGUCAAAAAUGCUUUUCAAGGCUGAUACUGGAUUCUAGGAGGUUUAACUGUCUAAAAUGUGGCUGCACAGGUGAAGCUAAAGAUGCAAGCUACAGAUACAGAUUGUCCCUAAAGAUUGCCGACACUAAUGAUUUGUUUGACAUUACCGUGUUUGGAAGUUGCUUAGAGCCAUUCUUCGGGGACACUGCAGAAAAUCUGCGGAGGUAUAUUCAAGACUGCAAUCAGCUGUCAGGAGAAGCAAACACAGAGGCGUCUCCAGGAGCAUUAGUUCAAGCGGUGGAAACCUGUUUCAUUGGAAAAAGAUUUAUAUUUGGAGUGACGGGUUGUGCAAGGGAAGAUGGAGGGCGUUCUGCUGCCAGCAGCAUCUUGCAAAACUGUUCCAGAAUUAACAGAAGUACAAAAAACCUUACAGCUUGCCAAAUCUUCCUGCCAAACACUGCAGUUACUGGCUUUACUGUUAUCAGCUACUUCCAUCGGCUCCUGCACUCGGCAAAACUCAGGAGCUGUAAUAACAGCUCGUACUUACCUGAUGCAUCUUCAGCCACACUAGAUGAACCUGUCAGUGAGCUUAGCAGCGUGUCGAGCCUGAGCAGAAACUCCUGUUUUGUUCAGUCUAGUGGCAGAGAAAGUUUUUUAGGGUCCUGGCAGCAGUCCUUCAGCCUGACUUCGUCUGUUGCUUGGGUAACAGCAGAAGACUUUUCCGCUCUGGAAGUGGGAAGGCUGGUGAGUGAGCAGCAUGAACAAGAGGCAUGGCCUGUCUCUGCAGAAUCGUGCAGUGUAAGCCUCAGCGAUCAAACUCUUCGGGAUUCACAGUUCUGCAGCCCUUCUGUGAAGGAAAGGGAUAAAGAGGAGGGUAAUGAAUUGAGUGCACAGCCUAGUUGGACUGACAGUAUCUCUGCAACUGAUAAAUUAGAGAGAGUGUCUUCUUCAAAGACUGAGUGUUCACACAGAAACAGUUCCAGGUUGUUACAACAUCCCUUGGAAUAUGGGGUAAAAAGCGUUUGCCCAAAGUCUAAAAGUACAAAUUAUUCUUGCCCACAAAAAUCACACAACUCCCUUUUUUACGUGAGAGAUGCCUCAGCUUCUCAUGAUGUAAAUGUAGCUGGAGUGUCUCUGAAGGACUCUGUGCUUUGGGAGGAGCUCCCAUUUUCGGAAAGCCUAAAUGAAUUUUUAGCCAGAAUAGAAGAUGGUGAGAGUGUUGUAACAUCACCCAGCCUUGACACAGGCAGGCGUGCCCUUCCUGAAAGCAGCAAGCCGGGUGUAGAUCUUAACAAAUCGUGUCCCAGGCAAACCCUAGUAGCUGGUGAUUUGCCAGAAGCGAGUGUCUCAGGGAGGUUCUUGCCACCAGCAGAGAAUGAUAGUUGGGAGAACAUAUUGCUUGCUUGUCUUCAGACAAAUGCAAAUCCUCUGAGUGAUGAGGUGUCACAACGUGAGUCUUCCUCUAGUGUUUUACCUUCAACUGACAAGGACUGUGGAGCAUCUUGCUUUAUACUGAACCCUCAUCCACCUAUUCUGCCACAGUCCUUGCCAGUUACAUCAGAGCCUUCUGUUUCCAAGAGCAGAUACGUGCAGUCCAAAGAAGCAAAUAUUGACAUUUCCAAGUCAGCUUGGUCUUUUAUUAGUCUGCAGUGCACUGCUGAACAUGGAGAAACCUCCUGUUUGAAAAGGAGCAAGGCAGCUGCCUGUGAGCAUUCUGCACACGAUAGCUGUUUAGCUGGUUGUGAAAACAAAGAAAAUUCUCCUUCCACACCAAGCCAAAGAACAGAUCUGACAUUCACAGGGGCAUGGGACUCUGAACCAGCAACUCCCAACAAUACAAGAAGGCUAUAUAAAAGAGAAUUAAAACCAUUGACAGAACUGUCAGAAAAUAUCUUCAAAAGUGUUAAUAGAAGAGAGAGUCUGUGGAGCAGUUUAUUCCCUGAAGGCAGCUACAAUGCUUCUGCUGAUCUCUUUGAUUCAGCUGCAAGGGGGGUAGCAAAACCUGUUGAAUUCUUAAAUAAAUCAUGUAAUUCUCUAAUACAGGAAGAUACUUUGACUGGAAAGGUCACAGCUCCUGAAUUGGUGCUUUGUCCUGGAGAUGGUACCUGUAACAGUUCAAAGCGGAGCUCAUCCGUACACGGGUCCCCCCCUGUUGUCAGUAAGCACAGCACGCCGGUAGCUCACUCCUUGUGGGAUGCAGGACGCUGUUCAGUUAGCGCUCAGGACUUUAUUCCUUAUUCGCAGUCGACUCCUAUGACAAAACCUCUCCCGAAACUGCGGCCUGUUGGGGAAAGAAGCCCUUUUGUCACUCUCUUCACCCCUAAAAAUCCCGCUAAAAUCCAUUCCAAAUGCAAGCGAUCUAGGUCUUCCUUUCAAAACUCUCUGCUGCAGCAGCUUACUGGCAGGUUAGUGAAACGCGAGAGGCCAGGUCCCAGGGAAGCCAAAGGAAGUGAUAGCUCUGUUGCACGGCAGUUCCUUCACGGCCAACCACCUACCAGCUUCGAGGAGUGCAUCCCUCCAUCUGCAAACAAAAGGUGGAAACUAACUGUGCCUUUAACCUUAAAAACCGUUGGCUGGGCUACUGACUUACAGUCGCCCCGUGGGAGCGCUGGCGGGAACCCUAUUUCUGAAGGCAGAGGGAACAGUGAGAAUGGCGUGUGCUUCAAAAAUGAGGAAUUAAACCCUGGGAAUAUAGCCAGGAUUCCAACAACUCCCGUAUCGGCAGGUGUCACCCAGGCCUUGUUUUUAAACAAUGCAGUCCUGGAAACUUGGUCCUGUUCAGAAGGCAAGAAUCUCCUCACAAGUGCAAAUUAUUCAGGGGGUGUAUUGGAAGGGGCAACUGGCUGGUCUCCUGAGUUGUUCUUCCAAACACAGGCCCCUUUUUCCAAUAAGCCACAAUACUAA